AUGUGCAGCUGGAGGAUGUUCCCGUUCCUGUCCUUCACCGUGGCCGGAUUGGAGCCCACUAGCCACUACCGGAUGUUUGUGGACGUGGUCCUGGUGGACCAGCAUCACUGGCGGUACCAGAGCGGCAAGUGGGUGCAGUGCGGCAAGGCGGAGGGCAGCAUGCCAGGGAACCGCCUCUACGUGCACCCCGAUUCCCCCAACACCGGCGCCCACUGGAUGCGCCAGGAAGUCUCCUUUGGGAAGCUGAAACUCACCAACAACAAAGGUGCCUCCAACAACGUGACCCAGAUGAUCGUGCUGCAGUCCCUGCAUAAGUACCAGCCCCGGCUGCACAUCGUGGAGGUGACCGAUGGGGAGCCCGAGGCCACCUGCCCAGCGUCCAACGCCCACAUCUUCACUUUCCAAGAAACCCAGUUCAUCGCCGUGACCGCCUACCAGAACGCCGAGAUCACGCAGCUGAAAAUCGAUAACAACCCCUUCGCCAAAGGAUUCCGGGAAAACUUUGAGUCCAUGUACGCAUCUGUGGACAGCAGCAUCCCCUCCCCGCCUGGACCCAACUGUCAGCUGCUUGGGGGAGACCCUUACUCCCCUCUCCUCUCCAACCAGUACCCCGUCCCAGGCCGCUUCUACCCCGACCUGGUUGGCCAGGCCAAGGACGUGGCUUCGCAGCCUUACUGGCUGGGCGCCCCCCGGGAGCACAGCUACGAGACAGACUUCCGAGCUGUCAGCAUGAAGCCCGCCUUCCUGCCCUCCGGGCCCGGGCCCGCCGUGUCCUACUACCGAGGCCAGGACGUCCUGGCCCCCGGGGCUGGCUGGCCCGUGGCCCCCCAGUACCCUCCCAAGGUGGGCCCGGCCAGCUGGUUCCGCCCCAUGCGGACUCUGCCCAUGGAACCCGGAGCCCCUGAGGGCCGCGGGCCGGACCAGCAGGGCUCCCCGUCUCUGUGGACUGAGGUCACCCCCCUCCGGCCAGAGCUGGGUGACUCAGGACUGGGCGAAGGAGACUCCAAGAGGAGACGAGUGUCCCCCUACCCUUCCAGUGGUGACAGCUCGUCCCCUGCAGGGGCCCCUUCUCCCUUUGAGAAGGAAGCGGAAGGGCAGUUUUAUAACUACUUUGCCAACUGAGCCGAGUGCAGAGCGGAUCUGUGUCCCCAGGCCACAGGCCAUUGGCUCAGCCGGAGCCAGACCCAGGCCGACGCCCCCUCCCUCCACCCUUCUCCCUGUAGGGACUGUUGGGGCGGAGGGGGCCCAGGAGGAUUCUGGGGUUCACUCACUGGGGGCCCUGGAACAGGGAGCCGGACUGGGUGAGGCACUGGCUCUCCUCCUCGGAGGGGUGACCGCAGGCUUGUCCUGAGCGAGCCUGCUCCAGGCCCGGGCACAUGCGGACCCGGUGGCAGCCACACGGGGCGGACUUGGGCUGCGCAGGGCUGGCCUGGCCCCCGCUUCAGGGCCAAGACACUGGGGAGCCGAGGAAGGGGCUGGCGCGGGGUCUUGUUGGUUGGACUCCGGUGCUGCUUUUUCCUUUUCUGAACGGGGAGGCUAUUUAUUGUGUGAGAGUGGAGUCUGGAUGUUAUUUCUUUU